GUCUCGUGAUUCAGGUCACUGAAACCACCAAAUCUCCCCAACCCCCUUGACGAUCAGUUGCCGACACAAUAGAGCCAUCUCCAAAUAUCCAGGCCUUAUCGACCCGGAUUCAUUUCUUCGUGCCAAUUGCCCUGGGACUAACUCUCCCGAUGCGCGUCACACCAUCACCAGGCCUCGGGAAACGGUCUGUCCCGCGCCCAAAUGCCAGCAGAGCUGAGGCCGUGAAAGAAGCCUUCCAGACAUCGUGGAAGGCUUACUACGAUCAUGCAUUUCCUCACGACAGCCUGCGCCCAAUCAGCAAUACGUUCGCGGAUGACAGGAAUGGGUGGAGUGUAACGUCAGUUGACACACUGUCUACCGCUAUCCUGAUGGAGGAUGAAGAGAUUGUGAACCAGAUUCUUAAGUACAUUCCCAAGAUAGACUUCACCACGACGAAAGCAGCCAACCAGGGCAUUUCCGUCUUCGAGACCACUAUUCGAUAUCUUGGCGGCUUAAUUUCCAGCUACGACCUCCUGAAGGGCCCUAUGAAGCACCUGGCCACAGACCCUGAAGAAGUGGAAGCUCUCCUCAAGCAGGCCAAAACUCUUGGGGACAGUCUGAGCAUUGCAUUCGAAACGCCCAGCGGCGUACCUGACGGGGUCAUCUACCUGAACCCAGAGCCGCGUAUCAGCGGUGCGCGCACCAACUCCAUCGCUGGCUUCGGCACCCUGGUUCUGGAGUGGACGCGCCUCAGCGAUCUGACAGGGGACAAGAAGUACGCCAAGCUCGCGCAAACCGCCGAGCUGUACAUGCUUCGGCCUACCGGAAGCCCAGAGCCGUUCCCUGGGCUGGUCGGACACCAGGUCAGUACCGAGACCGGCAAGUUCGUUGACAGCAACGGGGGAUGGGGCGGUGGCACGGAUAGCUUCUACGAGUACCUGAUCAAGAUGUACCUGUACGAUCCGGAAGAGUUCGCCGAAUACAAGGACCGGUGGGUGCUCGCUGCAGACUCGACUAUGAAGUACCUCGCGUCGCAUCCGACCUCGCGCAAAGACCUGACCUUCCUUUCGGGAUACUCGGGCACCAGGACUUACCCAAGCUCGGGUCACUUGGCUAGCUUCGCCGGUGGCAACUUCAUCCUCGGAGGCAUCCUGCUCAACGAGGACAAGUACGUCGACUUCGGCCUGGAGCUCUCCGAGUCAUACUACGAGACAUAUUACCAGACGGCCAGCGGCGUCGGCCCCGAAGGUUUCCGCUGGGUCGACAGCGCACAGGAAGUGGGCGCCAACAACGAAGCUCCUCCCACCGAGCAGUCCGACUUCUAUGACAAGGCCGGCUUCUGGGCUACUUCGCGCGGCUACAUCCUCCGGCCGGAAACCAUGGAGAGUCUGUACUACGCGUACCGCGCCACAGGCGACCCCAAAUACCAGACGAUGGCGUGGAUGGGCUUCCAGCACAUUGAGCGAGCGUGCCGCGCGGGCAGUGGCUACGCGCAUCUUCGCGAUGUGACCCAGGCUGAUGGCGGAGGCCAUGGGGACUUUAUGCAGAGUUUCUGGCUGGCCGAGACGCUCAAGUACUUGUGGCUGAUUUUUGCGCCCGACUCGAUUGUCCAAGUUCAGGCCGAUUUGUCGAAUGGGUUUGUAUUCAACACCGAGGCGCAUCCGAUCAAGGUGCGUGGGUGAGGGUUAAUGAGGAUGGGUUGAACAUACCUGGCGUAGAUCUGCUGUGUGGAUGGAGUAUAUGUUUGCUUUGAAUGUGUUGUUAUUGUGGAUUAUAUCCUUGAUCUUCCUUUUGUUCUUACACUUAUUAGCUUGCGUCGUAAGCAUUUUGAAGCAAUAUUGAGGAGAAGAACUGCGACUAGAGUAUGCGCCCUGCGAGUCUUUAAGAGCCCAGGAAAAUAUAUCAGCAGAUGAGGCCGAGUCAAUUCUUAAUUAAUGCUUAUCAACC